AUGAGUACUACUGGUAGGAACUUAAGCCUGUUUGAAGAAAAUGAAGAUUCUAUAGUGGACUUUAUCGCAGUACUAACUUCGGUAAUUCAGGAUUCAAAAGAGCUAUUUAAUGAAGAUGAUAGAAAAUUUGCAAAGGAAUCAAUAGAAUCCGGAAUCUUGGGGACUAUUAACUCGAGAAGUUCUCUUAGUACGAUAGAUUUUGAUUUGAAUAAAGAAAAUAACUUUCAUUUUCUGAUAAACCAAAUUCCAGAUAUACAGGAGAUCAGGGAGGCCAUUUCAACAGGUUGUAUAGAUUUGGAUGACUUUGAAAUUUUGAUUAGGGCAUUUAAAUCGAUAACUGAAAUGUGUAGACCAGAAAAUAUUUCAAUACUUAUCAAUAAAAAUAUUGAAAGCUCUCACAAACCUCAAAAUUAUAUUAUUCCAAAAGAAGUUUCUUAUGAAAAUAAUGUAAAUCAAACUUUGUGGCUUGAGAAAAAAAGUCUGUUUCCGCCAUUUGUAAUAGCUAUGUUUGAUAUGAUCACAAAAUAUGCACAUUUUCCUAAUAUUCGUAUGGUAAUGUUCCAAAUUUGUAGAGAAAUUGCAAAUACACUGAUAAACUGCAAUUGGAAGGACGAUAAUGUUUUAACAUGGUUAUCACGCCCUGCACUAUCUGAUCUCCUCAUAUCCUUGGCAGAUUGUAACAUAGAAAAUGACAUAUCAGAGCUUAAUGAAAACAAUCAACAAAAAAGAAAACAGUGUUGCUCUCCUUGUUAUAUUAGAGAGGUCAUCUUAAGCUCCAUUUUGAGUAAAGUUCUUGAAACUUUUAGUAUUCUAAGAAAAAACAAUUCAUUAAAUGGAAACAUUGACAUUAACAUUAUCGACAACUUUUCUCUCUGCUUUUCAAUUUCAAAUCACAUUAUUCAACAGUACCAUCCAAACUGUUACCUAGAACAAGUCGACUCAAAUUCAGAGAAAGGUUAUAAAAAUUGGUGGACGCUCAAGUCUGAAAUCCUUAACCUAAUUCAGACAGCAAAACAUUCUCAUAACAAAGAUAUUAUAAUGCUAACACAAAUUUCGCUAUACUUCUUUAACCAGCUAGACUCCUCUCAUCUCACACUGAAGAGGAUUUCUACAAAAAAUCACCUUUAUAAAAACCUGAGUCUAAACAAACAGAUAUUCAAUGGAUGCUUUUUUAAUGAAUAUUUAUAUGGCAAUGUCGAAGUUGAUCUUCCUGCAUGCCUACAGUCCAUUCUAUUCAAUACCUAG